CGUCUAAACCGUACGAUCUCUUCUAUAAUAGCAUUCCUCUCUCGAUCCAGGCGACAGGGUAUUUUCAAGAUGUCUCCUACUCCCGUUCUGGCGGAAGUACUCCCGACGUUGGCGGACAUGUACGAUAGAGAUCAGUUACCUGAUCCUGAGGAUAAACCUUGCUUUCUUCCCGAUCCUCACCUCAUUCAACGUGUUUGUAUAUGGCAAGGCGAUAUCACUAGACUCAAAGCAGAUAUGAUAGUCAACGCUGCUAAUCGAUCUCUUCUUGGUGGAGGUGGAGUAGACGGGGCUAUCCAUUCUGCCGCAGGUCCAGACUUAUUGAAGGAAUGUGAGGGUUUAGGUGGGGCGGAAACUGGAGAGACCAAAGUGACCAAAGGAUAUGAUCUUCCGGCGAAAUACGUAGCUCAUACUGUCGGUCCAAUCUAUUCGAAGCUCAACGUCGAAAGAUCAGCCGAACAGUUAGAAUCAUGUUAUAGAACAUCCCUCGAAGCUUGUGUCGCUAAAGGAGGUGAGACAAUAGGUUUUUCAAGUAUUUCUACUGGUGUUUAUGGUUAUCCAAUAAUCGAAGCUACACAAAUAUCACUUCGUACCACUCGACUUUUCUUACAGGAAAACAAGUCUAUAACUCGAGUUAUCUUUGUUGUCUUUAGUGAAAAAGAUAAAAAAGUUUAUGAAGGUUUAGUUCCUGAAUAUUUUCCCGAACCAUGAUUUCCCAUAUGAUCGAAUCAUUCAAGCUACCUUAUCCAUCAUUCGAUUGCUCCAAAGAGAGA